AUGGCUUCGAACCAACCACAGAUCCCCAAGAAGAUGAGGGCGAUACAGGUAGUCGAAUUCAAGAAACCGUACCAGAUUCGUGAGGUGAGGGGACCUCGCCCUUCUAACAAUUGCCAAAAUUUGCGAACCCAACUGAUAGAACAUCUCCCAGGUCGACGUCCCUCAACCUUCUGCUCUCACCCCACCCGACAUCCUCGUAAAAGUAGCCGUGGCAUCCAACUGCCACACCGACGGCAUGGUGCAACAAGGCGUCUUCGGCGCCCCUCUGCCACAGAUAGCCUCCCACGAAGGAAGCGGCACCAUCGUCGCCCUCGGCUCCGACGCCUCGCAGAAGUUCAAACUCGGAGACCGAGUCAUGUGCGGGUUGCCUUUACAUCCCUGUGGAGCGUGUGGCGACUGUCUGGGCCCGGAAAACCAACGGCAGUAUUGCACACACAUCCAGGGCCACAUCGGCGUCACGACGAAUGGAUGUUUUGCGGAAUAUGCGGUCUGCGAUAUGAGGAAUACGACGAAAUUGCCGGAUGCGGUGAGUUUUAUGAGUGCGGCUCCGCUGGCUUGUGCGGGAAGGACGGUUUUCAGGAGUAUUCUGAAGACGGGCUUGAAGAGUGGGGAGUGGAUUGCCUUUGUGGGAUCAGGGGGUGGAUUGGGACAUUUGGGGAUCCAGUUCGCCAAGGCGAUGGGGUUGAAAGUUAUUGGUGUGGAUGCUAGGGAUGAAGGGCUGGAGUUGUCGAAGCAUUAUGGUGCGGAUAUUAUUGCGGAUGCGAGGAAGGGGAAAGAGGAUGUUGUGAAGGAGAUCCAUGGUGUGACAAAUGGGCAAGGCGUGGAUAGCGCGGUGUGCUUGUCGGAUCAUAAGGAUGCUGCGGGCAUCGCGUGUGCCGUGACGAAGAUGCACGGGACGAUGGUGCAGAUUGCACAGCCGGAUAUCAUUGAGAUUCCUUUCCCGGAGAUCAUCUUCCGAGACAUCAGGGUUGUGGGCUCCUUGAUUUCGAGUGCAGAGGAGAGUAUGCAGAUGUUGGAUGUGAUUGCGAAGCACGGUGUGACGGUGACCACGCAGCACUUCCAAGGACUGGACAAGAUCGAGGAGCUGGUUGAGAAGGUGCACAGCGGCAAGCUCAAGGGUAAAGCCAUCAUUAUCGUGGAUCCAGAGCAGAUUGAACACGAGAAGAAGAUUGGGGCCAAAUUCUAG